AAGCCAAAACCACGUCGUUUCAGGUUACUUGCUGGACGUGCAGGGGAAAUGGGGAGAUGCCGAACGCCUCCGAGCAUCAGCAUUGCCAUUGACGGCGGAAGCAGAAAUCAUCACUGAGCUGCGCGAACCUUCCGCCCAAUCUGUCUUCCUCCAUCGCAGCCUCUCUCUCGUUCCGGUUUCGUCUCUCUCCAUCUCAGAUCUUUCUUGGCUGCGCUUUCCCUCCGUCACAGUCAUAGUGUGCAUAACACCACAAAAUCUGCAAGCAUGACAAUCCAUUCAGUUGUGAUUCAGAAACUUCUGAGCACCAAUGCCCAGAUUGGUCGACGAGUUGCUGCUCACCAUUUGAAAGUAUACACUUAUGGCAUGCGCAACAAAAUGGUUAUGUUUGAUUCUGAUAAGACCUUAAUUUGUAUGCGCAGUGCCCUCAACUUCAUUGGGUCCCUUGCUCGGCAAAGGGCUCGAUUUAUGUUCGUCAAUACCAACCCUUUGUUCGAUGAAAUCUUUGAGCAAAUGACGAAGAAAAUUGGUUGCUACAGCCCCAGUGUGAAUGCCCUUUGGCGCACUGGUGGGUUCUUGACCAAUAGUAAUAGCCCCAAGAAGUUUCGGUCCCGGAGCAAGAGGCUCAGCUUUGGUCCUACUCAGCCACCUGAUUGUCUUGUUAUUGUGGACACUGAAAGGAAAUCAACGGUUAUAAAAGAGGCUUAUAAACUGCAGAUUCCGAUUGUAGCUUUGGUUGACUCUGGCAUGCCGUUGGAAUUUUACAAGCGAAUUGCAUAUCCUAUUCCUGCUAAUGAUUCCGUGCAAUUUGUUUACAUGUUCUGUAAUUUGAUAACCAAAACAUUAUUGCUUGAGCAGAAGAAGUUAUCCAGCACUGAAGAUGAGUUCUCUAGUCAACAAGCUCGAGAAGCCAAGAGAAUCAAAGAGAAGAAAAGAAAGAUUAAGUUUACAAAGGGCGAAUUGGCUGUUGUCCCCUAUGCUGAUAUAACACUUGUUUCUGAAGACAUAGAAGAGACUAAGAAGCUUUUGGACAAGCUUGUUGUUGUGAAGCUCAAUGCUGGAUUGGGAACAAAGAUGAUGGCUUUGGAUAUCCCAAAAUCUGCUGUUAAUGUCAGUGAUGGGCUGACCUUUCUGGACUUAAUCAUCAACCAGAUUGAGACUCUUAAUGCCAAAUAUGAAUGUGGAGUUCCCUUGGUUCUUUUGAACACAUCUGACAUACAUGAUAAUACUUUAAAGAUCUUGGAAAAGUAUUCAACUUCAAGCAUCAACAUACAAGCUUUUAAGCAGGAUCAAGGCUCAGAAGUAAUAUUAUCUGGUGACCAUUUGGGCAAGGGGGAAGUGUGUCCUUUUGAAAAUGGUGGUGCAUUCCUUUCCCUGGCAGAAUCAGGAACCCUUGAUCUAUUAUUGACACAGGGCAAGGAGUAUAUCCUUGUAAUCAACUCAGACAAUGUGGCUACUGUCAUUGAUCCAA